AUGCUAGCGAUAUAUCGCCCUCAAGAAAUUUACCGGGAGUAUCUAAAUACUUUGCUGCGAUCUCAUCAUUACCUCACUAAAGGAGCCAAAGCAUCAUUAUCCAACCUGAAAUUUGCAGUUGUGGCAUCUCCGUCUUGGCGAAGACACUUCGCUCGCGAGCCACCACUAGAAGACGCUCACCCAGUACAGAUUGUGGUUGUCGCAAAGCCCGGCAUCAAGUUGAACAAAAUGGAAAAUCGACUGACCUGGCUGCUUCACGCCCUGUGGGAGGAUGGCCGAGACUUGCUCCUUGUUCGGAUGCCCCUGAUCGUGGAUGAGCUAGAGCGGCUGCUACAAUCAGAGAGACAAGCGCAAGAACUGCUCUCCUCAUACAUCACUACGAUUCUAAGCGAGCUUUCAAUUAUCUCUCGGGCUUAA